AUGGAUCGUUUUUCCAUUAUUUAUCCAUUAUUGGCUACAUGGGUAUGUAGUACAAUUGAUGGUCCAUUAACAUGGAAAUCUUUUCAUCAAUUAUUAUAUGUACAAAAUCAACAUGCACAUCUUGAAGAACAAAUAAGUGGACCACAACCAAUACCAUAUAUUCUUGCUGGUCUUGAUCGUGAAUGGAUUAUGUUAGCACCAUAUGGUCUAAAAUUUUGGGAUAAAUUAUGUCUUGAACCAUAUUCAAAACGAAAAGAUAUUGGUUAUAUAUGUAUUGUACCUGAUAAUGAUUAUAUAUGUACAAUGACAAAAAUUUAUUUUCGUGAAUUAUCAACACAUUAUGAAUUAUGUCGAUUAGGUUCACAUAGACCUUUAUUAAAAGCAUUUUCAGAUCAAGGACUUUUACGUAUAUCAUCACAACAAUAUAAUGAUUCAUCACAACUUCCAAAUAUUGAUUC